UUGAAAAAUUUGAUGGAAUUUCGAAAGAAGAGGCAAUGAAUUUGUAUGUUGAUAUUGUUGAAAUUGCGAAUAUUGGAUGGAAUAAAAGUAUUGUUAUUGAUGAUAGUGAAAACAUUGAAGAAAAUAUUGAGAAGAGAAGGACAUAUAUUUCUACUAUGUCUUAUGAAGAUUGUGAUAAUUUUGCAAGAAAUAAUGUUGAUAUUACUAUCAAAGAUAAAGAAGGGCUUACAGCAUUAGAACAAUAUGAUGAAGAAUUUAAACAAUUAGUUAUUCAAGAUUAA